AUGUCGCGUGUUGGAGUUUUGGUUAUGGGGCCUGCCGGAGCAGGUAAAAGUUCAUUUUGUAAUGCCUUGGUAUCACACAUACAAACCAUUGGCAGAAGAGCACACAUCGUGAACCUCGAUCCGGCCGCGGAGCCCGGUCAGUACGAAUUCACGGUUGAUAUUCGUAAUCUGAUUUCGUUGGACGAUGUGAUGGAAGAGCUUGAACUGGGACCUAACGGGUCUCUGGUGUAUUGUUUCGAGUAUCUUUUAGAAAAUCUGGAUUGGCUGGAUGAAGAAGUAGGCGAGUACAAUGACGAGUUUUUAAUCUUUGAUUGUCCCGGGCAAAUCGAACUGUAUACUCAUAUUCCAAUUUUGCCUGCCGUCAUCCGCCACUUACAGACCCAGCUUAACUUUAGCCUGUGCGCAACCUACCUUCUGGAGGCACCUUUUGUUGUAGAUCCAUCCAAAUUCUUCAGUGGCGCUCUAAGUGCGAUGUCAGCCAUGAUUUUACUUGAACUUCCGCACAUCAAUGUGCUUAGUAAAAUGGAUCAAAUCAAAGAUGAUUACAGUCGUAAAAGGUUGAAGAGAUUCCUUAAUCCCGAUCCCACAGUUCUUGCUGAAAGUGCCAAUGAAGAUUUGAACCCUAAAUUUAGCAGGCUGAACUCUGUCAUUGCAAAUUUAGUUGAUGAUUAUGGUAUGGUUCAGUUUCUUCCGCUGGAGGCUAACAAUCCAGAAAGUGUGAGUACAAUUUUGAGCUACAUUGACGACGUAACUCAAUGGGCCGAGUCACAGGAACCAAAAGAGCCCAAUGAUCAGAUUGAACUAGACGAUGAAUAG